AUGGAUUUAAAACUUGCGGGUGAAAAGAGACUCCUUCAACUCAAUGAGCUGGAGGAAUUCAGACUUGAUGCUUAUGAGAAUGCUCAAAUUUACAAGGAAAGGACUAAGAAAUGGCAUGAUAAGCACAUUCUCAAGAGGGAGUUUGUUUCCGGUGAUAAAGUCCUUUUGUUCAACCCAAGGUUGAAACUAUUCCCAGGGAAGUUAAGGUCUAGAUGGUCGGGACCUUAUGAGGUUGUCAAUGCAUACCCAUCUGGAGCUGUGGUGAUUCGGGGGAAAAAUGGAGAUUUCACCACAAAUGGCCAAAGAUUGAAACAUUACCAUGAUGAUACCAAGAUUGAGGCUAAAGUGGUGAUUAGCCUUUGUUCCCCAACAUACACUUGA